AUGGAGACUUUCACGACCUCAAUCACUGAUUCUAUACAUCAGAUAGUAGAAAUCUGGCCUCCUCUCAGAAUCGACUGGUCAAACCGGACUGCUGCAGUGAAGCGUUUACGGGAACAAACCUCGAUAGCAGAAGAACUGGACGAGCUAGACCCUGCGGUCGAAGAAAAAUACAUCAAAGUGCCCAUGCGAGAUGGAUACGAAAACCCUCUGCGAAUCUUCAAGUCGAAAGGUUCUUCAACGCCGGGACCGUUGGUCGUGCUCUACCAUGGAGGAGGCUGCAUCAUGGGCUCGCCAACAAUGAUGGCGGAAACAGCUCGCUGGCUCGUCAAACAUUUCCAAGCACUGGUGGUGACCCCAGCAUACCGCUUGGCUCCAGAACACCCUUUCCCCGCCGCCAUCAACGACGCCUGGGACAACUUUGUCUGGAUAACGCAAAACUACAACAUCCACCCCGCCCUCCAACACUCCGCCGAUCCUGUCCAAGGCUUCAUCAUCGGCGGUGUCUCCGCGGGAGGAAACAUGUCCACCAUAAUAGCCCACCAGGCUCGCGAUCAGAACCUUCUCCCAAGAAUCACAGGCAUCUAUUCCGCCUGCGGAUCCGCCCGACAUCGAGGUGACGACCUCUCCAACCUCCCGGGGCUCUACCGCGACCGCUUCCUCUCCCGCUCCCAGCCGGAAUGCAUCUACAACCCCAUCCUCUCAAAGGAAAUGUCAGACCUCAUGACAGCCUGCUACCAAGCCGAUACCUCCUCCGAGCUCUUCUGCCCUUUGCUCUGGCCCUCCGAGCAAGGCCAUCGCAAUCUCCCGAGGAUGUAUCAGCAAGUCUGUGGCAGGGAUCCGAAUCGAGAUGAACAGUUGAUUUUGGACGAUCUGUUGAAGAAGGCAGGGAUAGAGACGAGAUUAGAUGUGUAUAAGGGUCUACCGCAUUGCUUUUGGAUUGCGUUGAGACAUUUGCCUGAGUCGACGAGGUGGGAGAGGGAGACUGUGGAGGGUUUCACGUGGUUGUUGCAGAGGUGA